AUUUCAAUGUCGUAUGUUGUUGAUCAACGUCUGAACCCAUCGACGUUUGAAACACCAAAUAAGUAAAGUGCGAUAGCGCGUAUGCAUCAUGAAAGAUAGCCAAGUCACUUGACAGUUGUUAUAUUUCAAUAUCAGAUUAAUUUUUCUUUGCAUGCGGGUGUGCCUGACAGAUAGAUGUAAAACUAGAUAUUUGACUUACUGGUACCAUCUACCAUGUUCAAAUCUGUAACUUUGGUUGAAAGUUUACCAGACUCCAUUUUACUUCAUAUAUUUUCCUUCUUGGAUGGACCAGAUAUUGCACGAGGUGCUUGUGUCUGUUCCCGAUGGAGAAAUGUUGCUUAUGAUGACAGUUUAUACAGGGCACUGUUACAAACUGUGUAUAAAGUAAAAGUUAAAGAUGGACUGGCUAAAGGCAAGGAGUGCUGGAGGAGUGAAUACAAGAGGUUAUUUUAUAAUGUUCCAACAGAACUCAGUGAAACAUUGACAGAUCACACAGAUGAGGUCUUGCACAUCAGUUUCUCUCAUAAAGGACACUUAUUUUCUACAACUUCUAAAGACUGCACAAUUAAGGUUUGGGAAGUUGGAUAUCCAACCAAGCUAAAAUAUAAUUUUGAUUUUGCUAAGAAAUUUAAAUGGAGUUUUACCCAGUUUUCAUGUUUUAAUAGUAAUGACACCAGAUUAUUAGUAUCAAGUGUUAAGAGUGGUGAUAUAGACAGACGUGGUUUUGUGGCUAUUUUAUCCGUAGAAAAAAGUUUUGACUUGUUAAAGAUUGUUUGUAUGGAUCCAUCACAAUUAUUUGGUGCUUGGUUAAAUAUAGAAACAUUUCUCGGUGGAUCUUUAGACAUUAACUUAGAUGGAAGAGCUUUAGUUUCAGUGCAUAUUGAAGCUUUUAAUGUUGGAACAAGUGAACCAAAAGGUACUCAGGAUUUUACCCAAUACUCAAAUGAUGUUAUAAGAGAACCAGACGAUGCUAAAGUUUUAUUUACAUUUUGUAGUGAAACUGCUAGCUUAAUCAAAUUCUUAACUGUUGUCAAAGACAUGUCCAGUGAUAGACCAAUAAACUCAUCGACAAAAACUAAUAGUGUUCAAAAUGUUAUGCACGAUUCUAAUUUAUGUAUUGGCAAUUGUAAUUGUCAGCUAGAUGCAGUAACACAAGCAUAUUUAAAAGAUGGAGAUACAAUAUCUGAUGAAAAUAUAUCUGCGUGUGCAGCAUCCUCAAGUGAUAAUAGUGAUAGUCGUUUAAUUUAUGUUACGGGUGAAUUUGCGGUUGCAUUACAUCAAGUGGGAGUUAAAUUAAUUCCUAAAGACAUAUUAAGUAAACCUGAUUUGGAUGAUGUUGAGACUCAUAUGGUCAUGCAUGUUAGUAAUCAUGAAAUCGGCAUUCGACCAGAUUGGAAACCAGAUUCAUCAGAUCAGAUGAUUGAUUUAAAUGGUCAUGUGACAGGAUUAUGUUUAUCUAAAGAUAACAGAUAUUUAUUUGUAAAUUGUCGACCAUGGGUUGGUAAAGUAAAUAGAGAUGAUCCAUGGAAUACACCAGUUUUAUCAAGGGAUAUAGAAAUUAGAGUAAUAGAUUUAUGGGAUUUAUCUGAUACUGGUAUGCGUUAUGUAGGACAUCAAGGUCUUUCUCCAUCAACUAUGUGUUGUUUUGUAUUUCUUAAUACAAGUGAUGACUAUGUUGGAAGUGGUAGUGAAAAUUGUCGAGGUUAUCUGUGGGACCGAUCUUAUGGUUGUUUAUUAUCUACAUAUCAACAUGGACCAGGUGUUGUUAAUGCUGUAGCUUUCAAUCCUGUCAAUCAAGAAUAUUUUGUUACUGUUAGUGAUGAUCAGGCUAUUAAAAUAUGGAGAUCAAAAAGUGAGAUGGCAAAACUUAGAAAACUUGAAAACCUACAAAAGAAAUGAUUAUUUGAGAAAUUCUAAAUUAGAAAAUGGAUGAAAAAUAUUUGUUAUGUAUGUGUGAAAUGGAGUGUUAGUGUUAUGGAUUGUGAUAUUUAUUUUAAGUUCUGAUGGCUUUUAAUGGAUACUGUGAUCGUGCGAUUUUAGCUAUGAACAUGAGACACUAUUUAUUGAUCAAAAGAAUAUUAUAUUUAAUUAAACCAUCAAUGAGAUAUGUUUUGGAAAGUUCCUGGUGUAAAAUCUUGGAAAAUGGCUAAAAUGAAAUUAGAUGAAUUAUCAGAUUUCAUUGUUUUUGAUUGACAUUCCUUCAAAUUAUAAUGAUGAGACAAUUUGAAAUAUUUAAUGAAUUGUUAGCAUAAGUAGAUAACGUUUAAAAAUGGUAUAAUCAAUAAUAUUGCAAAAAACUGAUGUUGUAAGAUUAAAUUUAAUUUAGUAUAGACUUAUUAUAUGUAGUUGUCAGUGAUUGAAUCAGUUGUUUUUCAAUUGUCCAUUACAUUUGUUGAUUACCGGCAAUUCACUUUGACCAUUUAUUCAUCCCCAUCUUUCAAAGAAAGCAGGGGAUUAUUAAAAUGGGUCAGUUCAUCUGUCGGUUGACCAAGUACAGUCACAAAUAAUUUCUGAUUAGGUUAUGUUUAGAUAGUCUGUUUGAUUGCUCAAUUAUUUAUUAAAGGACAGAUGUUCACUUAAUAUGUGUCAUCUAUUUAUUUUAUGAUAUAGGCGUGGGACAUCAAACCUCACUGUUGGUAGUGUUUAGUUUUGAAAAUUAUUUGAUAAUUGUAAGGAGUAAGGACAAUUGUCUUACUGUAUAUUAAAGUAUAGGACUAACUUUCUAUGAACACAUUUCACUUUCAUUUAAAAAACCAAGUUGGGUUGGGUAGCUGAGUGAUAUAGCUCAUGGAUGUCGAGAGUCCAAUUCCACUGAGUUGUCCACCUAACUUAUGUGUUUGCCUUGGUUUCCUCCCAUUGCUAGCCAUUACUGCAGAAACUGAAUUAAUGAAAUAAAGUAUACCAUGUCUUAAAA